GAGGAGAAUGCUAGUCAGCGGAGUGGAAUUCCUGGGGCGAUUACGACGGCGGUGCUGUUGCGGAGGGAUCCGGGGAGAAUGUUUGUCGGGACAAUUGAGGUUAAGGCUGAGAUGGGGAGAGUUGAUCCGGUGGUGUUUAAUCCGGCGUUACCACCUACUACUAAGGUGUAUGAUGCUCAGCAUCUGGAUGCUGUUGAUUUGGAUGAUAUCCCGGCUGUGGUGCUGCAUACGUCUCUGCCUGUCGCGCAAUAG